UAACAUUGGCGGAUUGACGAAUUUGAGGCAUCUCAACCUUUCUGAUGCUUGGUUUCAAGGGAAAAUCCCAACGGAAAUCUCAUACCUUUCCAAUUUGGUUUCACUUGAUCUUUCUAAUAGUUAUGCAUUAGAACUUGAUGAGAAAACAUUUGAAACAAUGCUUCACAACUUCACAAAUCUGGAGCUUGGAAACACUCAAAUUGAGUGGGAAUCUUCGUCUUGAAGGAGUUUUUCCAAAGAGAAACACUCUGUUAACGGAGUUGGAUAUAUCGUACACAGGCAUCUCUGGUGAGCUACCUGAUUCAAUUGGCAACUUCAGUUCCUUGAAAUACUUAAACCUCCAACAAUGUCAAUUCUCUGGUUCCAUUCCUGAUUCCAUAGGCAACCUAACACAAAUUACGGCGUUAGAUUUAUCUUAUAAUCAUUUCACUGGCCGUAUUAUUCCUUCCACAAUCUCUAAAUUCAAGCACCUAACGCUUUUGGAUCUUUCAUCUAACUCCUUUUCAGGUGAAAUUCCAGAUGUUUUCUCUAACCUCCAAAAGCUACGUUAUUUAGAUUUUUUUAAUAACAGCUUCAUCGGUCCAUUUCCCGCUUCAAUAUUAAGUUUGACACGUCUUGAACACUUAGGAUUGUCGAGUAAUUCCCUAUCUGGCCCACUGCCUAGCAACACACGCACGCUUCCAAAACUAAUCCAUCUAGAUUUGUCAUACAACUCACUGAAUGGUACCAUACCAUCUUGGGUGUUUAGCCUACCUUUGCUAUAUUCAGUGUCCCUCCAACAUAACCGAUUCAGAGGACUAGCCGAUGAAGUGAUCAAAACAAACCCAACAUUAAAGGAACUGCAUUUAAGCAAUAAUCAACUCAGUGGUUCUUUUCCUCAAUCACUUGCGAAUCUCACAAACCUUGAAACCCUUGGAAUUUCAUCAAAUAACAUCACCAUUGACGAGGGAAUGAAUAUCACCUUUCUUAGCCUAUCAUCUUUAUUCUUAUCAUCUUGUCAACUGAAGCAUUUUCCACACUUCUUGAGAAAUGUAAACACACUUGUGUACUUGGAUAUUUCUAACAAUAAGAUUUCUGGUCAAAUCCCUAACUGGUUUAGCGGCAUGAGGUGGGACUCGUUGAUUUUCUUAAACCUUUCUGGUAAUUCAUUAACAGGAAACCUACCACAAUUUCGUUACGAUAACAUAGGGUAUCUUGAUCUGAAAUUUAACUCCCUUCAGGGUCCACUACCUUCAUCCAUUUGUAACAUGAGCAAACUUAUCUUAUUAGAUUUAUCACACAACUACUUCAGUGACUCAGUUCCACAUUGCUUGGGAAGCAUGGGUUUACUAACGGCGUUGGACUUAAGAAGGAACAAUCUCACAGGGAGUCUUCCUCCGUUAUGCGCACAGAGCACUUCAUUGAGUACCAUUGUCGUAAAUGGUAAUCAAUUUGAAGGACCUGUUCCUGUGUCAUUGCUCAAGUGUAAUGGUCUAGAAGUCCUUGAUGUGGGGAACAAUGCUAUAAAUGACACGUUUCCAGCGUGGCUUGGAGUUCUUCAAGAGCUGCAGGUCCUUAUAUUAAAGUCGAACAAGUUCCAUGGACCUAUAAGUACGUGUCAGACUGAGUUUUGCUUUCCCAAGUUGCGAAUUUUUGAUCUUUCUCGUAAUGAUUUCAGUGGCUCACUUCCUGCAAAUGUUUUUGGAAACUUCGAGGCAAUGAUCAAAUUAGAUGGUGAAGACACAGGAAAUAUCAAGUACAUGACAUCUGUGUUGAAUUCGCCAUUUGUCACAUCGUAUGAGAAUUCAGUGAGUUUGGUUAUCAAAGGGCAGGAUUUUGAGCUACAAAGAAUCAGCACAAUUACGACAACCAUAGAUCUUUCAAGCAACCAUUUUGAAGGUGUCAUUCCGGAAACACUAAAAGAUCUCAGCUCGCUUUGGCUACUCAAUUUAUCCCAUAACAAUCUCAUUGGUCAUAUUCCAAUGGAAUUGGGGCAAUUGAAUACACUUGAAGCUUUAGAUCUCUCCUGGAAUCGGCUCACUGGAAAGAUUCCGCAGGAAUUGACAAGAAUGAACUUUCUGGCCUUAUUAAACCUCUCUCAUAAUCAUCUCAUCGGACCAAUUCCUCACAGUCUACAGUUCAACACAUUUGGAAAUGACUCGUAUGGCGGAAACCUUGAUUUAUGUGGUCCUCCUUUAUCAAAACAAUGUGGAACGAGUGAUCCAUCGCAUGUUCCUCAACCAUUGGAGGAAGAAGAAGAUGAAAGUGAGUCGUAUUUUUUUAGUGGAUUUACGUGGGAAUCAGUAGUCCUAGGCUACAGUUUUGGACUAAUUGUUGGAACUGUCAUGUGGAGUCUCGUGUUUAAAUACCGUAAGCCAAAAUGGCUUGUGGAAUUUUUCGAUGGACUCAUGCCUCACAAAAGAAGAAGGCCAAAUAGGAGAGCUCAGAGACGAUGGACUUAAUGGAAGAUUGAGAGCGCCAACUUGUCUUUGUUUUAUUUUGUGGACUAAUUAUUGACCUGUUCUGUUUUUAUCUGUUUUAAUUUUCUAUUUGUUGUUUGUAUAUGUUAGAAACAUAAUAAUUAUAUUUGUGUUAUUUUAGUAUCAAUGGUUAUUCAAGCUAUGUUA